GACCUCGACGCCCUGUCCCUGCAGGUGCACUGGCCAUUUCUUAAUCGAUAAGCUCAGACAGCCAGCAGCUCCCCGCGUCACACUGGGAAGCUCCGCGUCACCCAAGUUUGCCUUGUCGUGAAUGCUUCUCGACUCGGACCCUACAUUUACCUUCGCCGUUUGCUUCGAUUCUCAUUCUUCACUUCUCGCAUUUUACUCUCUAGGUAUUUAGCGCGCACCGCGGUUCAACCAAACCAAACCGCCCAUCAUGGCGACCCAAUACGAAAUCGAGCACAACAUCAAAACCGCCCCCACCACCUCCCACCGACGCCGACAAGUAGACAUGUCCACCUUCACGGCCCACCUGCACAACCUCCUCCCCGAAUCCAGCCCCUCCACCCAAAACCAGCAGCCCCACGAACACCUCCACAACAACCCGCACGCGGUGCCCAACCCCUCGGACACAUCCGCCCUCUUCCGCCUGCUCCAAGACCAGAUGGGCACGCUGGCCACGACCGCACCCAACGAGACCAACCGGGCCUUCCUCGAGUCCCUCGUCGAGGCGCUGGAGCUGGACGUGGCGCACCCGCCGCAGCAGAUCGAGGGGGUGACGCAGGAGGUGCUGGACGGGCUGGAGCGGGUGCCACGCAAGACUCUCAAAGACGACGAUACCUGCCCGAUCUGCGCCGAGCGCUACCUCGACGACCAGUACUGCCUCGUCGUCGAGCUGCCCUGCCACGGGAGCCACCGGUUUGAUCUGGAGUGCGUGGGGCCGUGGCUGAGGGGGAAGGGCACCUGUCCGAUGUGUCGCAAGGAGGUGGGGAAGCGGAGGGAGGUGGUGGUGGAGGCGGCGGAGGAGGGCGAGGAGGAGGAUGAUAUGGAUGGGUUGUAUGCUUGAGCUGGACGGGUGGUUGUGGGGG